AUGGAAGACUACAAGUACUUAUUCAAAGUGGUGCUAGUUGGUAAUGCUGGUGUUGGGAAGACGUGUCUCGUACGGAAGUUCACACAGGGCAUUUUUCCGCCUGGCCAAAGUGCAACAAUCGGUGUCGAUUUCAUGAUAAAGACAGUGAAAGUUGAUAACGACAAGAUAAAGUUACAAAUUUGGGAUACUGCUGGUCAAGAACGUUUUCGAUCGAUCACCCAGAGUUACUAUCGCAGUGCUCAUGCCAUAGUACUGGUUUAUGAUGUGGCUAGUCAACCAACGUUUGAUUGUUUACCUGAAUGGCUGGCCGAGAUAGAAUCUUAUGCUAAUAGGAAAGUACUCAAAAUUUUAGUAGGGAAUAAAGUAGAUAAAGACGAUGAACGUGAAGUGCCAGAACGAGUCGGCAUAGAUUUUUCUGAAGUUAAUGGAUUUGACUACUUUCUCGAGACAUCUGCCCUAGAUGCGACUAAUGUUGAUAAUCUUUUCGAACAUGUGGCUCGAAGACUCACUAACUCCAUGAAAGCCACUGACCAGAGUUCUUCCAGAUAUAGUAACUUCAAAACGGACCACAGCAUUGGCGUGCAGCCAGUUAAUCUAAUAGAGCGGGCUCAACAAACUGUGAACUCAUGUUGUGGAAGAACUUGCCGUUUGGGAAGUCAUUUCAUUCUCGCUAGAGCUGAACACUUUCACACGAUGAAGACGAUAGGUCAAUUGGUCUGUAAUUUAUCAUCAAGGCUAUGCACAACCCUCUAUGAGUUCAGUAUCGGUGCUGCCAAUCAUGGAGUUGAUACUGGCACCGGUGUGGGAAAGACGAGUAUCCUACAGCGGUAUACUCAGGGUUUUUUCCAUCAUGGCACCCUUGCGACAGUUGGGGUUGACUUUAAGGUAAAAACGGUAAACAUAGACAAGGACAGAGUUAAGCUGCAAAUUUGGGACCCGUCUGGUCAAGAGCGUUUCCGUUCCAUUGUUCACCUGUACUAUCGUAACGCACAAGCCGUGAUUUUUGUUUACGAUCUGACUCACCAACGUUCAUUCGACAGACUGCCAGAUUGGAUGGACGAGGUAGAACGACACUGUUGUGGAAGAGUACUGAAAAUUUUGGUAGGGAAUAAAGUGGAUGAAGUUCAAGAUCGUGAAGUCCCUACAGUGGUAGCCAGAGAUUUCGCCACAGCAAAUCGUUUCGAUUACUUCAUAGAAACCUCAGCUCUGGAUUCUACCAAUGUGGAUGUUCUUUUUCAACAAGUGGCUCAACGACUACGUGAUGAGCUCAGAGCGCCCAUUGUCAGGUACGGGUAG